UCCGUCUGCGACCUUUAAUAAUUGAGAGGAUAUGCGCAGCUCAGAAAAGUGCGCCCGCAGCGGUCGGGUGCAGAGUGGACUGGAGGAAAGGCGACGCCCAUUUACCGGGCUGCCUCGGGCGGGGUCCCCCGACACGGAGUUCCCGGCGUGCCCCGCGCGUAGGGGACUCUUAACUUGAAGCACCGGGUGACUCAGCCGCGUGGCCGCGCGGGCCGGGGCGGGGGGCGCGCGCCGUUGCGGCACAGCCGGUCCCGGCUGCGGCUUCUGGCUGCGCGGCCUGCGCGCGCCUCCCGGGCGGAUUCCGGCCCCGAGCGCGACGUCGCGGCAGGGAGCGACGAGUAAGUGGCGGCGCAGGGCGGUUUCGGGAGCGAAGACCCGGCAGGGCGAGUGUGGCGGCAGGAUUUCUCUCUGAUCAAACGGACAGUUCAGGACUCAAGAGUCUGAGGAUGAAUGUUCACUGUGGCAGUGACAGUGACAGGUUAUUGCGGCAGGAGGCCAGCUGCUUAGUGGAUGAUACCUCAGCUGCAGCCCAGGAAAAAGAAGCAAACAGCCUCAUUUCAUUUGGUCCUCAUAAUCUUACUUAUCCUCUAGGUCCCAGGAAUGAAGACCUCUCACUUGACUAUGCCUCUCAGCCAGCAAAUCUUCAGUUCCCUCACAUAAUGCCCCUUGCCGAAGACAUCAAAGGUUCUUGCUUCCAAAGUGGGAGUAAACGGAACCAUGAACCUUUUAUUGCUCCAGAAAGAUUUGGAAACAGUAGUGUGGGCUUUGGCAGUAAUUCCCAUUCCCAAGCACCAGAGAAAGUGACGCUUCUUGUAGAUGGCACACGUUUUGUUGUGAAUCCACAGAUUUUCACUGCUCAUCCGGAUACCAUGUUGGGAAGGAUGUUUGGACCAGGAAGAGAGUACAACUUCACUCGGCCCAAUGAGAAGGGAGAGUAUGAGAUUGCCGAAGGCAUCAGUGCAACUGUAUUUCGCACAGUGUUGGAUUAUUACAAAACCGGUAUCAUCAAUUGUCCUGAUGGCAUCUCUAUCCCAGAUCUUAGAGACACAUGUGAUUAUCUCUGCAUUAAUUUUGACUUCAACACUAUCCGAUGUCAAGAUCUGAGUGCUUUACUGCAUGAACUGUCUAAUGACGGUGCUCAUAAGCAGUUUGACCACUACCUCGAAGAGCUGAUCUUGCCCAUUAUGGUGGGCUGUGCCAAGAAAGGAGAGCGAGAGUGUCACAUUGUUGUGCUGACGGAUGAGGAUUCUGUGGACUGGGAUGAAGACCACCCUCCACCAAUGGGGGAGGAAUAUUCCCAAAUUCUUUAUAGCUCCAAGCUCUACAGAUUCUUCAAAUAUAUUGAGAAUCGGGAUGUUGCAAAAACAGUGUUAAAGGAACGGGGCCUGAAAAACAUUCGCAUUGGAAUUGAAGGUUACCCUACCUGUAAAGAAAAAAUUAAGAGAAGACCUGGUGGCCGGUCUGAAGUCAUCUAUAAUUACGUACAACGCCCCUUCAUCCAGAUGUCAUGGGAAAAAGAAGAAGGAAAGAGUCGUCAUGUGGAUUUUCAGUGUGUUCGAAGCAAAUCCCUCACGAAUCUGGUAGCUGCUGGAGAAGAUGUCUUGGAGGACCAGGAGAUAUUAAUGCAUCACCCACCACAAGUGGAUGAACUUGACCGGCUAAAUGCCCCACUUUCUCAGAUGGCUUCUAACGACUUUCAGGAUUAGGGCCAGCUGUGGGUCUACCCCUUGUCGGAGCCCAUCUCACUUGAGAUACCUGCAGCCAGCCCUCCCUCAUGAUUUGUCUCACCUAAGUAGAAGACAUGCUUCUCCCCUAUCCUUUUCCUUUCUCCCAUAAUUAACAUUUGUCCUUUUCAGUAAGUCUGCGCCUCUGGCAGGGGAUGAAGUACUCACUGGUGAAUUAGCUACCAUCUUUACAGAAGCCCUGGUAACUUGAAAAAUUUGGGUGUGGUGCUGUUCACUGAGUCUUUGUGUAACUGCAAAAGCAGGAAAGGAAGUCAAGACUCCUGUUGCCUCGUGUUUAGCAAAGCAGUCCUCAUCCUUUUUACUCCGUUUUUGGGUUUUGUUUUUGUUUUAUACCAGGCAAACUGCUUAGUAGCAAAGGGACCAAACUUGAAAGGUGACAAUCUCUAACUUCUAAAAGCAGGUACCAGAUGCUCAUUAGAGGUUAAUCAAGGUGCCAUUCUUGGAGGCCUCUGCAUCCAGAUUGCAUCUGGAAAGAACUAUAGGCUCCUAUUCAGUAUGUCCAAAAGGAAAUUCUCAAGAGCUUAAAUUCAGAUUUCUCAUUAAUGCAAUGAAAAAUUCAAAACCACACAGAUUCUUUGGCAGGAAGGAUAAUGGAAUAACAAUGUUGAUGAGGCCUUUUUAGCUUCAAGGUUUUGGAAUCUAAACAAUGUGAUGAUUCAUUUGGAACGAAACAAGUAGAAGAACCUCUCCAAAUCAGGCCAAUUGGAUUAUCCUGGCUUGGAAUCUGUUGUGAAACCACAGGUCUUGACACUCUGGGGCAGCACAUUGCUGUGGAUGCGGCUAGGAGACCUUAGAAUGGCUUAAAGGCUUUCAAGAUGACAGCAGAAAUGUCUUGCACAAGUGCUGUUUCUCAAUAGAAAGACUUAGAAUUCUGAGUGCCAGCGGGGGUGUUUGGAGUGAGGCUGGGUGGGAAGCAUCAUCUGCGCAGUCCCUGUCCUGCUGCAGGAUUUUUCUCUGCGUGUUUUCAUACCAUGGGAUUUUUGGGUAUCUGUGUAUUUUGGUUCUUGAAAUAGCUUAAUAGCUGCUCACACACUGGGUAAGAAAAUUAUACCAAUGUCAUCCCCAAAGGAAGAGUGAGUUGAAGGGAAAUUAAGCCCAGUCAUUUUAUUUGAUCUGUCAGCUCUGUUACCAGUGCAUGCUCACCCAGAUCACCCUUCCCAGCCCCCCACAGUGCUGAACCACCUUCCUCUUCUCCAUGGCUAUUAAUAGUAUGGUUAAUUUAGAGUCCAGAGCCAAAUAUAAAUAUUUUGGGAUUAUCCCCCAGUUUGUGGUAGAAGCUGACUGGAAUACAGGUUGAGUAUCUCUUAUCCAAAAUGCUUGGGACCAGAAAUGUUUCAGGUUUCAGCUAUUUUCCAGAUUUUGGAAUAUUUGCAGAAUACUUAAGAGCUGAACACCCCAAAUCUGAAAAGCUUUUAAACAUCAUGUCGGUACUCAAAAAACUUGAUUUUGGAGCAUUUCAGAUUUCAAAUUUUUGGAUUUGGGAUGCUUACCCUGUGUAAGAGAGGCUACUUGAUUCCAUUUAAUGACUGUCCCAGUUGUAAUCAUCCAAAGAUAAAAGCUGGGUAGAUGUUGAAAGUUCUUUCCAGGAUUGAAGAGCAUCCUUAUGUCUCUUACGUGACUAGCAUCACAGUGGGAAUAAAUGCUCUGUUCUCCACUAGGAAGUAGUAAGCAGUUAAAUUGAGCUCUCCCCCACAUGACAACCAUUGGCAUCCAUUUGCAAGGCUGAUAGCCUGGAUUAAGGGUUAGGAUUCUUUAUAGCUAGAAGGUAGUUUUAUUUCUGAAACUAAUUGGUUCAUAUUUGAGGUCAGGUUUGGCCCUGACCUUACCAGUACCACAUUUAUACCCACUACCAGUUGACUAGCCCAGAUAAUUGUUAAAUGGUCCUUCCUUUCUGCUUCUCAGAAGACUUCCAUGCCAUUACAAAGGAAAUUUGAAUUAUAUAGUGUUUGUAUAUUCCACAAGUAUGUGUAACUUCUGUUAUACAGCUUAUGUAUUGUUAACAUUUAAGUGUAAACAUGCCACAGCUAACACUUAAAAAUGAAAACUAAUUUUUCCUUAGGGAAAAAAAAACAUAGGAAAUAUGGCAUGUACUUGAUACUGUUCUAUGUAACCCUUUACUUUGCUCAGGCUUUCAAGAUUGAAGUCCUUUCUCCCCCAACUUAGGUUAACAUGCAUUUGGCCCCAACCUUUGGGGUUUCAGUAAGCUGGAAAUCUGUGAAGGCAGGUCUUCUAGUCACGAGGUGGUGACUAGAAGGAAAAGCUGGGACCACAGGUUCCUUCUGGUGGAGAGGAAGGUUUAUUUCUAUGUCCCUCCCACCACCCUCCACCUGGAGCUCACCCAAGCCUGCUCCAUUCCUGGGGCAGAACAAAAAGCAGGACCUCUCAGAUCUCACAGAAACAAGGGCUGGGUUGAGGGCACCCCCUUCAGAGUUGGUUACUGACCAGAUGGGCAAAAGGCAUUUCUAAUUUUAAAAAGGUGGAACUUGGGUUUGGUGUUUUCUUCCAAGUACCUAAAUAAGCAAGCCAGGCUGUUUAUACAGAAACAUUUUCACAAGAAGAUGGUUUUAGCCAGAGUACCUUACUCAGAGCGUCUCAGCAAGCCAUGAUUAACUUGAAUCUGAGGUUUAGAAUCUUGAGUUUGCAUCUGCAGCAUGUCAUGCAGGGUCGAUGAGGAAACAUUUGCCACUCAGGAGUUGGAGGGAGGGCAAGAGGACAGUGUUAAGAUGUGUCAGAUCAUUUCGUGGUUUCUCCUAAGCUAAGCCCUGGAAAAAUAUUUGAAAGAAUGGCAGCAAAAAGGAUAAGAAAGUAAGCUACAUUUACUGCACAAUAUGCGGUAGCCAGUACUACUCUAAAUCCCAAGAGAACAGUAUGAUGCCUAAUAUAUACUGGUCUAUGAAAAUACUGUGGAAUAAGCCCGAGAAGGUUAGAUGUGUUUGCAGGUAGUAUCCCAAGGGUCCCCCUCUAAGUAAAACAAAUAUCCCAGACCACAGGUUUUAAUGUAAAUUCAUAAAGUGGAACAUGGAGGAUUUUUUUUUUAAUCAAGUGUCAAUCAAAGUUAAAACUCAAGGGUUCUUGGCCAGGUGCAGUGUCUCACGCCUGUAAUACCAGCACUUUGGGAGGCCGAGGCAGGUGGAUCACAAGGUCAAGAGACUGACACCAUCCCGGCCAACUUGGUGAAAUCCCGUCUCUAUUAAAAAAUACCAAAAAUUGGCUGGGCACGGUGGCAUGCGCCUGUAGUCCUAGCUACUUGGGAGGCUGAGGCAGGAGAAUUGCUUGAACCUGGGAGGCGAAGGUUGCAGUGAGCCGAGAUAGCGCCACUGCACUCCAGCCUGGUGCCUGGCAACAAAGUGAGACUCUGUCUCAAAAAGAAAAAAGAGCAGCCUGGCCAACAUGGUGAAACCCCAUCUACUAAAAAUACAAAAAAUUUCGCUCGCUGUGGUGGCAGGCACCUAUAGUCCCAGCUGCUUGGGAGGCUGAGGCAGGAGAAUUACUUGAACCUGGGAGGUGGAGGUUGCAGUGAGCUAAGAUUACACCACUGCACUCCAGCCUGGGCAAUAGAGCAAGACUAUCUCAAAGAAGAAAAAAAUCAAGGAUUUUAGCUGGUUGUAGUGGCUCAUGCUUGUAAUACCAGCACUUUGGGAGGCUAAGGUGGGAGGAUCACUUGAGGCCAAGAGUUUGAGACUGGCCUGUGCAACAAAAAAAUAGCCAGGCAUGGUGGUGCACACCUGUAGUCCCAGCUACUCAAGAAGCUGAGGCAGAAUAAUUGCUUGAGCCCAGGAGGAUGAGGCUGCAGUGAGCCAUAAUCAUGCCACUGCACUCCAGCCUGGAUGACAGAGCAAGACCCUGUCUCAAAAAACAUUUUAAGUCAAGGGUUUGUAGUAAUAUAUAUUCAGUGCCACUUGUUGCCAUCACUUUGGAGUUGUUGAAAUGGGCAUACUGAGCUCAGAAAGCAAAUCUGAUGCCUUCAUGGGAGGUGGAGCCACAUUUGUGUUCUGGGUGGGAUCACUUGUGCAGGAGAACAUUACAUUUUCUCCUGAAGGCAAAAUGCUUGUAGGUUUUGCCUCUUUACUUUGUAUUUACUUUUAAAAUUGCACUUGUUCACCUACCAGUGUUUAUGAAAUCCUACAUUUGGGAUGCUUUUUCUAUAAUAAAAUAUUAUCAUUUG